GACGUCAAACUAAGAUUGAGACAAGUCGCUGAUGAUGUGUUUAAUUUAGCGAAAUAACUGAAAAAGCCUGCUAAUUAGAUUCUUACUAUGUUUCUACUUUACUGCUAGUGUGCAAAUUAAUAUAGAAAUGAAUUUCAAUGCUUCUAGAAAUGUGGGUCAGGCCGGGGGUCUGCGGAAGGCGAAGCGAGUGAGCGACGUGGCGGCGAUGGGCGCUCCGGCCCCGCAGCCGCCGGCGUACAGCCCUGCGCCCGGCUUCAGUCCUGCGCCGUCCUACAGCCCGACGUUUGGCGCGCCGCCGCAUCAGGAGGGCAUUCAGCUCGACGCCGGACAGGACUUUGGCGUACCACAGCAGCCCCCUAAUUAUGGUUACAUGGGAGGAUACCCUCAGUCUCCGAUGGCUGCCAUGGCCUCACCAGGUCAGAUCGGCUCUAUGUUGCAGCAACCUGUUGUACAGGACAUGGCGCUGCAGUACGGCAACCAGCUAGCGGCGGCGGGUCGCGAGGCCGUGCAGCGCGAGAUAGGCCGCUACGUGCCCGUCGCGCGGCUGCGGUACUACUUCGCGGUGGACACGCGCUACGUGCUGCGGAAGCUCAUGCUCAUACUGUUCCCCUACACGCACAAGGAGUGGAUGGUAAAAUACGACCAAGAGAGCCCCGUCCAACCACGCUACGACCUGAACGCGCCAGACCUGUAUCUGCCGACCAUGGGCUACGUCACCUACGUACUGCUGGCCGGGUUCAUGCUGGGCCUCCAGCACCUCUUCUCCCCCGAACAAAUCAGCAUGCAAGCGUCCAGCGCGCUCGCCUACAUCGUGUUCGAGAUGCUCCUCUACACAGUCACCCUGUAUAUAACGCAAACACACACGAACUUGCGGACGUUAGACCUGCUGGCAUACUCCGGAUAUAAAUAUACGGCCAUGAUAGCCAGUCUGCUGGCUGCGCUGCUCGCUGGCCGGACGGGGUACUACAGUAUGCUGGGGUACUGUAGUGUUGCGCUCUCAUACUUCUUGGUGAAGACGCUCCGCGUGCAGGUGCUGGCGGGCGCGGCGGCGCCGGAGCCGGCGGCGGCGCCCUACGGCUACCCCGCCCCCGGCGCCCCCUACCCCGCCCCCGGCAACCCCUACGCCGACGCCUACAAGCCCUCCGGCGGCACCAAGCGCCGCGUCUACUUCCUGCUGUUCGUGGCCGUCACGCAGCCGCUGCUGUGCUGGUGGCUCACCUACCAUCUAGUGCCCGCCGCGCUCUCCUCCCCCUACCCCUCGUCCUCCGCCUCCGCCUCCGCGCCCCCCGGCCCCGCGCCCCCCGCUGUCCCCACGCGAUAACACCGACUGAACGAUGUCGGAAAUGGUCUGUUGUCAGAUGGGACGUUUAGAAAAAAAGCCUCGUAGGAGGAUAUUAAUCUUGGCUAUGUUGUUUUUGGGCGAAACGCGACC